GGAAGCACUGUUUUGAAUAAUUUACCAAGAUUUAUCGAGUUGUGACAACGGUCAAAUUACAGCUGUUUAAGUAAAGUUUAACAAUUUGUUUUAUUAUCAAAUUAAAAAUGUCAAGGAUAGAAGUUAUAAAGGAAUCUUUAGAAAAAGCGUUAAAAGAUGAAAGCAAACCAUGGACAAAGUUUUUUACAUUUGCUGAAGAAAAAACUGGAAUCAAUCGAUUGUAUCUAUUUAUUCAACUUAUAUUUGUCCUGGCAUUAUAUUUGCUAAUUGGAGCUGGACAACAAUUAGUAUGUAAUAUUAUUGGUUUUAUUUAUCCUGCAUAUUGUUCAAUGAAAGCUUUGGAAAGCCCCAAAAAGGAUGAUGAUACAAAAUGGCUAACUUAUUGGGUUGUAUUUGCACUCUUUACCAUCAUUGAAUUUUUUUCUGAAUUUAUUGUUCAAUGGCUCCCUUUUUACUGGCUAUUAAAGUGUUUCUUUUACGUAUGGUUGAUGGCUCCAACAGAAUACAAUGGUUCCUUGGUUGUUUAUCGACGUUUAGUACGCCCAAAAUUUUUGCAAUAUCAUACCUCUGUGGACAAAUUUUUAUCCAACGCUCGUGACACUGCGAUAAAAACUACAGUAGGUGCAGUUCUUACCGAAAAAAAGGAUUAAUAGUAAACAUUUACUAUAUUUAUAUAUAUAGUACUAUAUUAUCGUUAAAUCAACAAGCUUGGUAUAAAUCAAAAAAUCACAUUAAGUAUUUUAUAAUCAUUAUGUAACCAUAAACUAAGGUGCUUUUUGAAAUGUUUAUAAUAAUAUUUUUAAACUGGAAAUUAUUUUAUAUAUAUUUCUAAUCUAUGAAUCAAGUAUUUCUUAUUUUUAAAAUUUAAUUUUUUUUACCCUUGUCGAUUAGGGUAAAUAAACUUAAAAAUAAAUGUAGUAUUUUAAAAAAAACUUUUAUUACAAUUGAUAUUUAAAUGCUUUUAAGUGAAAUAUUUAUACAUUAAAAUUACUUUUCAUCUACGUGUACCUUAAAAAUUAUAGUGAAAUAGUCAAAGAAGAUCAUGUAAAAAAAAAAAAGCAAUAGAGUAUUCUUAUACUUAUAACAGAUAACUAUUAAAAUAUGUAAUUGUCCUCUUUUAUAAGGAAACAUGUAUAUAUAUGCUGUGCAUCUUUAUUGUCUUGUAUCUUGCAUUGAUCAAUUAAAUAAUGUUUUUACACGA